GUUAUGGGCUAGCAGGCUCGACUGAGGGAGAACUCACUCUGGGGGACCUCGGGCAGGUCACUUUCAGCCUUGGGCUUCAGUUUCCUUGGGCGAGUCAGGUGGGUUUCUCAGCCUUGUUUAGGUGGUGAGGAGCACGCGUUGCCGGAUGCCGGCUUUGAGAACGUGGCUAAGCAGCGAGGCUCCGCCAGCCGAGUAGGGCAGGCGCGUGAAGGGAUUGGCUGGAAGCUCAGGACCGAACCUUUAAGAGGCGCGGAGGGGGCAUGCGAGAGGAGUUUUUUUCCUUGCCGGCGAUCCUGGUUUGCUCAGUGCUGGCGAACGUGCUGGUAGCUGCGGCUGCGCCUAGGACGGGGAGACCCAGGCGAGUGCGGGCCCGCAGAACACAGGAGCAUCCCGGAGUCCCGGUUCCAGACGGCGUGGCCCGCGGGUCAUGGCCAAAGGAGAGGGCGCCGAGAGCGGUUCCGCGGCGGGGCUGCUCCCCACCGGCAUCCUCCAAGCUAGUGAACGGCCGGUCCAGGUGAAGAAGGAACCGAAGAAGAAGACACAGCAAUUGUCCAUUUGCAACAAGCUUUGUUAUGCAGUUGGAGGGGCCCCAUACCAGCUGACAGGCUGUGCCCUGGGGUUCUUCCUGCAGAUCUACCUGCUGGAUGUGGCUAAGGUGGACCCGCUCCCUGCUUCCAUUAUCCUUUUUGUGGGCCGAGCCUGGGAUGCCUUCACGGACCCUCUGGUGGGCUUCUGCAUCAGCAAAUCCUCCUGGACUCGCCUGGGCCGCCUCAUGCCCUGGAUCAUCUUCUCCACUCCCCUGGCCAUCAUCGCCUACUUCCUCAUCUGGUUCGUGCCUGACUUCCCACUAGGGGAAAGGUCCCAUGGGUUCCUCUGGUACCUGCUUUUCUACUGCCUUUUUGAGACACUGGUCACGUGUUUCCACGUUCCCUACUCAGCACUCACCAUGUUCAUCAGCACAGAGCAGAGUGAGCGAGACUCCGCCACCGCCUACAGGAUGACUGUGGAGGUGCUGGGUACAGUGAUAGGCACAGCGAUCCAAGGACAAAUUGUGGGCCAAGCCAACGCACCUUGUCUCCAGGACCACAAUGGCUCUGUAGUGGCCUCAGAAGUUGUCAAUCGUACACAGAGCACCACCUCCCUCAAAGAAACGCAAAAUGCAUACCUGCUGGCAGCAGGGAUCAUCGCCUCCAUCUACGUCAUCUGCGCUGUCAUUCUGGUCCUAGGCGUGCGGGAGCAGCGAGAACCCUACGAGGCCCAGCAGGCCGAGUCGAUCUCCUUCUUUCAGGGCCUCCGGCUGGUCAUGAGUCAUGGCCCCUAUGUCAAGCUCAUCGCAGGCUUCCUUUUCACCUCCCUGGCUUUCAUGCUGGUGGAGGGCAACUUCGCCUUGUUCUGCACCUAUACCUUGGGCUUCCGAAACGAGUUCCAGAACCUCCUCCUGGCCAUCAUGCUCUCGGCCACAUUCACCAUCCCCAUCUGGCAGUGGUUCCUAACCCGCUUUGGCAAGAAGACAGCUGUCUAUGUGGGGAUCUCAUCAGCAGUUCCCUUUCUCAUCUUGGUGGCCCUCAUGAAGAGUAAUCUAAUCGUCACGUACGUGGUGGCUAUAGCAGCUGGUGUCAGCGUAGCUGCUGCUUUCUUGCUGCCCUGGUCCAUGCUGCCCGACGUCAUCGACGACUUCCACCUGAAGCACCCUCACUCCCCUGGCACUGAGCCCAUCUUCUUUUCCUUCUAUGUCUUUUUCACCAAGUUUGCCUCUGGAGUCUCCCUGGGUGUCUCCACCCUCAGUCUUGACUUUGCUGAGUACCAGACACAGGGGUGCUCCCAGCCGGAACAGGUCAAGUUUACACUGAAGAUGCUGGUGACCAUGGCCCCCAUCAUCCUCAUCCUCCUGGGCUUGCUGCUCUUCAAGCUGUACCCCAUCGAUGAGGAGAAGCGGCGCCAGAAUAAGAAAGCUCUGCAGGCUCUCCGAGACGAAGCCAGCAGCUCAGGCUGCUCUGAUACAGACUCCACAGAGCUCGCCAGCAUUCUCUAGGACCUGCCAUGCUACCUGAAGCCACCACACAAAGGACCUGGGGCACCAGGUAGCAUGAGGCACAGGAUCUUUUUUGUCCUCGCACUGAACUGCUGUUCUUCCUGUGUCAAGACAGGGACCAAGGACUGGAUGGAGGGCGAGCAGCACAGGACAUGUGUGCUCACUGCAGGGCUGGCCGCUCCCUCGUCUCCUCACUGCCUGCCCACAGGGCCAAGCCCUGGGGCUGCUACUGUGAAUAUUUUAUGCCAAGGACUGACUGGGGCUAGCUCAGGACACUAAUGUAGAAACGUUUUAUACAGAGACUAAUUAAUAACUUAAUGACUGUGUACAUAGUGAUGUGUGUAUGUAUAUGUCUGUGAGCUAUUAAUGUUAUUAAUUUUCAUAAAAACUGGAGAACAAAG